AGUCUUUUCAAAAAUACAUUUACAAGCUGUGAACUGAAACUUAUAAUUAUAUCAGUUGCUAAUAAAAAUCAAGAUAGUUAUAAAAUAUUUUCAAAAUGUAGAUCUCAAUUUUUAAGGCAGUAAUUUUUAAAAUUUUAAUUUCCAGUGCAAUAGUUUACUAAGAAAUAUGUAUGAUUUCAUAAAUGUUUCACAUGAAAAAUCUUUCAAUGAAAAAAUCUUUAAAAUGUUAAAAAGAUUUAAUAUAUUUUUGUGUUGUUAAAAACUUGUUAACAGCACAUCACUUUGCAACUCCAUUCUUUGGAUAGUGAAACGGGUAGCAUAUAAAUUUAAUAAAUAAAUAAAAAUAAACUCAACUUGAUUUUUAAUAAGAUUUUUCUCUCUGAUUUCUUUAAAAAUAAUUGGUGGAUUUCUAGAUCACAUAAUGACCACAACCAGUAGUGCCAGGAUUGCAGUCAUUAAGCAAAGCAGUUAGCUUUCCAGUUUUGUGCUGUAGCGCACAGCUGUGGGAUUGCGGAACUCCGCACCCUACAGCCAAUUUCGUCCUGCCAGGGGACCUUAAAUGGGUCUGAAGUUGCCCCGGAGAGGUGAUGAAGAAAGAGGGGUGCCCCUGUGAUAACAGAGCGUUGGCGGUUGUUGCUUUCGAUCCAGGGGAACCUAACCUGACAGGAGAAAGCUAGCUGCACACCAGCGUCUAGCCCAAACUAUUUGCAGCCGAAGUCCAAGAGUACGAACCAGAACAAUGGUGAACAGCAUGCUUGGAACUCGUGAGAGUAUCGAUCUUCUGUCUCUACUCUGUAACUAAGUCCUUGGGAAAGAUUCCCAAAGUAAGAAAACCUCUGAAAGUGAAGGGAGGGGACUACACCCCCAAUCCCUCAUAGAAGGAAGCGGCAAAUUAAUCUUUAAGGAGGAAAGAAAUAUAUUGAAAUCAAAGUUAAAAUACUGCAGUCUGGAUAAAUCUAGAAAUUAAAAAAUAACUGCUAAGAUUAUACCUUAAAGGGUUUUGAUGAAAUAAUAAUAAUAAUUUUUGUCUGAAAAAGCUGGAAAAUAACUACUGACACCUAGUGGAGAACUAGAGCAUAGAACAUUAAUAACACUGACUCAGAAAUUGGCAAGAUGCCCAGAAAGAAAGAAUAAUCUGUUCCCUUGAACUUUAAAAACCCCUAGAAGACAGCUGGUGGGAACAAAGAAAGAAUACAUACUGGGUCAGCCAUAAAAUUAAAAAAUGUCUGAAGGAAAAGAAAUACUCUGACUGUUGCCUAACUCAAGAAUUGUUUUACAGAAAAAUAAAAACUUUGAUUCUGGGCUAAUAGUUUAGGAGGGAAUUUACAGGAAGGACUCAAGUUGACUAAAUAUACUGAACUGCAAUUUUGACUGGUUGACAACUGAUCCCUGAAUAAAAGAACUGUUAUAAAAUACUGAUUUUACUGAUACCUUGACAGUUGGAAAUACAGUGAAUUAUAAAAACUAUAUAUAAAGAUAAGAACUAUACAAAAUUGGGCUGUUUGGAUUCUGACUUUGGCUGGUUUGACAAGGCUAAUUGUAGAGACUAUGGCAUUGAUGAAGGACUAUUUGAAAGGAAGAGACAACAUGGAUAUUACAUACUUAUCAAAAAAUGACAGAAAACUAUAUUUAAUACUUACUCCUGAAGGACUUAGCCUGGAAUAUCAAAGACCUCCAGAAGCAACAUUUCAAGACAAGACAAAUACUUUCCAGGAGGAAAUGUAUGUAAUGCUAUGAUACAAAUGACAACAGCUUUAAACCACAAGAUCAAAACCAACUUUGAUGACAUAAAUGAGCACACUUCUAAUCUAAACCAACAAUCAAAAAACACUCAGAAAAUGAUGGUAAAGAAUGAACAAACAAGUUCCGGUUUGCUGACACAGCCACCAUGGACAUCUGGAAGGCGAACUCCGUCUUCCGAAUCCAGUUUUGCUUCACUGGGGGACCCUGGAAAGGGUCGAAAGUCAUCCUGUAGGGGUGACCAGCAAGGAGAGGACUCCGCGGGAGAGCGGUAGUUUUUCUGCUAGAUCUGGCACAGCUCUCCAAACCGGCGGGCAAAAGUCCAGCCACAGUAAUAUGGCUCAUCACUAGACUGCAGACAGCCGAAGUCACAUUUACCACCAGGCGCCUACAAAACAGCGUGGAUGAGACUGGGUGAGAUCUACCUCUCUUAAAUCCCAUUAUCUUCUUUACCUGCAUAGGUUGCCUAAAGUACUUUCCCCCUUGUGGAAAGAGGGAAGGGGAAUUCUGUCCCACCCUCUAAUAACAGCGGCAACCAACUAUCCAGGGGAGUUUAAAAUACUGAAAGAAUAACCUGACUUUAAUUGAACUUUAACCUGACUUUAAUUGGACUUUAAUUUUCCUAAAGUUUGAGAACUAAAAGAUUCCUUAUUUUUUAUUCUAUUUUAUCUAUAAAAAGAAGUAAAAUUCCUAAAUGGUAUGGGUGACACCUUGUGGCUAAACCUGAUAUUACAAUUCGUUAUUGCCUAACAGAGACUUGGCUCACAGCCCAGACAAUAGAUGAAACUUUUGCAACCUUGGCUGAUACCAGCUUUGAGAAGCCCAGCUGUGUUCUAUACUCAGUGACAAAACUACUCUUAUUCUCUGACUAUACAGCUUUUAAUUUUACGCACUAUUAAGAAAACAUGCUAAAUUUUGCAUUUAUAGCCACAGACAUGUACAAACAGAUAAGCUAGAAUAGUAGCUUCUUAAACUUUAAAAGGAUGAUACCUUCCAUCUCUAUUUCUGAUUUCCUCCCUAUCGCUGCCCUGAAAUAUUAACCAAUGUGGUGGUAGUGCUGAUGAGGAUCAUCAUCACUCCCAUAAAAUUCAUGUUAAUAUCAUUCAUCACAGCUGUGAACAUCUGUUCUCAGGCCGAAAGGACAGAGGAAUAUUUCCACUAAAUAUAUAGAAUGUUAAAGUGCAAGGAUGUGAUGAAAGCAAUCCAGAAUUAGGAUGAAGGAAGAAGCUCCAUUGACCCCCCAGGCUCAGCUCCUGCCACUUCCAAUUCGCCAAUGCCAACCAUGCAGCAGCGGAGCCCAGCUGCGAAGUGCUGGAUAGGGCGUUCCGAUGUUACUGGCAGCUGCUUUUCACUCCUGGGUACAAGGAGACAACAGGGAGCAAUAGGGAGGACCUGUGUGUCCUAAUCUUCUCAUCUCCAUGACCCAAGCAGGAUGCAGUAACUAUCCCACUCUUGAAUCUCCAGAGGACUAUAAGCUCAGCAUUUCGGUGGAUCUGAUGCUUCUCACAGCCACCAGCAUCUGGCGUGCCCUCAGAGGAUUGGAGACCUUCAGCCAGCUUGCCUAGAGGGAUGAAGAUGGGGCAUUCUACCUCAACAAUACAGAUGUGGUUGAUUUCCCUCGCUUCCCUCACCGGAGUCUGUUCCUUGAUACAUCUCGCCAUUAUCUGCCUUUGAGAGUCAUCUUGGAGACCCUGGAUGUCAUGGCCUACAACAAAUUUAACAUGUUCCACUGGCACAUUGUGGAUGACCCAUCAUUUCUAUUUGAAAGCAUGGUGUUUCCAGAUCUCAGCCUGAAGGGAUCCUAUAACUUGGCCACUCACGUAUACACUUCUAACGAUGUGAAGAUGGUGAUUGAAUAUGCCUGGUUGCAUGGGAUCCAAACUGUUCCAGAAUUUGACACUCCUGGACACACACUCUUUUGGGGACCAGGUGUCCCAGGCUUGUUGACUCCAUGUUACGUAUCCACAAAACCCAGUGGGACCUACGGGCCGGUCAACCCCAUUCUUAACUCCAUGGCUUCAUUUUUUGCUGAAGUUAGUGCCAUCUUCCCAGCUUUCUACCUUCACCUGGGAGGAGAUGAGUUAGAUUUCACCUGCUGGAGACCUAACACAGACAUCCAAGCUUUCAUGCAGAAAAUGCAAUUUGGCCAAAACUAUGCCAAAUUAGAAUCCUUCUACAUUCAAAGGCUGUCGGAUAUAGUCUCCUCUUACAAGAAAGGUUACAUGGUGUGGCAAGAAGUGUUUGGUAAUGGUGUGAAAGUGAACCCUAAUACAGUCAUACACGUGUGGAAAGGGAUCCCCGUCACCUUUCAAGAGGAGAUGUCUCGUGUCACGGAGUCUGGUUUCCGGACCCUGCUAUCCUGCCCUUGGUACUUGAACAUCAUCUCUUACAGGCAGGAUUGAUUGGCAGCAUAUCGGGUGGAGCCUCUGGCCUUCAAAGGCAGCACAGAACAAAAAAACCUGGUUAUUGGUGGAGAAGCCUGUAUGUGGGGCAAAUAUGUGGAUGCAACAGAUUUAAACCCAAGACUGUGGCCCAGAGCUAGGGCUGUUGCUGAGUGUUUGUGGAGCAAUGAGACAGUUCGAAACCAGCAAGAUGCUUAUGCCCGUUUGUCAGAUUUCCAGUGCACCUUGCUUAGGCGAGGCAUCCAGGCUGAACCCCUUUUUACAGGAUAUUGUGAAUAUGAUACACUUUGAUUUUACAAUUACCUCCUUCCCCCAAAUAUCUGUACUAUUUUAAUAUGUGCAGAGAGAAUCUUUUUUUAAAAAAAACCCAAUAUUUCAAUAAAUCACUUCCCUAUUUAAAAAAAAGAAAAAGAAAACAUGGAUGAAGAUCAGGAACAGACUCUUCUUUUGAUGAAAGCACUUAUUAAAACUAUUCUUACAGCCACUGGUGAAAUAAGAGGCUACAGAAAAGAACAAGAUGUCAGCCCAGAUACACAAAUUCAGACUUCGACUAUAAUUAAAGAAUCAACUACACAGAAUAUAAUAGAAGAAGUGGAACAAUUAAACACUGUUAACAGAAGAUUCAACUGAUCAACAAAUAGAGUUAAUGGAAAACCCAGAAAAGAGAUUGACAAUAUGGAAAAGACCUUCUAUACAACCAGAAGAAACUUGAGAAACAAGAAGAACAGACUGAAGGGAAGAUAAAUAUUCUAGGACAACUACUUUGAGAGGGGAAAAAGAAAGACGAUUUGUUUGCAUUUUCAAAAAAAUGGCAACUGGAUGACCUAUUUCGUUCCAAAUAAUAUGUAUAAUAACAGAGGGAAAUCCAUUUGAUGAUUUGACAUUGCGAAGAUGGAAGGCGAGCUGGCAAAGAAAGAAAGCUAGAAUAAGACUGAAGAAAAUUGGGGUUUUGACUUAUUAGUGAAGAUUCAAGGAGAAUAUACUUUAAUAGAUAGGUGUAUAUUUUGAAUUCUACAUUUUAUUAUGAGCCGAGGUGGCGCAGCAGUUAGAGUGCAGUACUGCAGGCCACUUUAGCUGACUGUGUUCAGCAGGUCAGCGGUUCAAA